AUGGAUGUCCUUGUGCGAGUGCUCGCUGGAAACAUAGUGGAACCCCCCGCCCCUCCCACCCCGAAAACACGACACGCCGCCGGCACCGGAACGACCACCGAUAGGCCGGUCGACAGGAAAAUUGCGGACGAAAAGUUGCUUUCGGCAAAACCCCAAUUGACUGGGAAACAGAAGCGUGAGGCUAUCGAAACAAACAACGGUCAUCCGCGGAACACAGUGUGGCUACUAGCGACCAAUACAUCACAAGCCGCGCUCGUUUCCGUUGCCUCGUGCCGAGCCAGCUCGGUGGGCGUCGGAAUCUCUGGGAAGACAAGCAUUCGUCCGAGCUGCUGGACACACCACUACCUGACAGGCAGGCAACACCGUGAGCGCUACCGUUCCAUUCCGUACCAAGAACCUUGUGAUGGAAAUGCUAGCGAACAUCGACUGCCGGUAUCGCCUCGGCUACAAUCGCCGUACCGAGAUUUCGUGUCGCCAGGUCGGGAAUUCAUCCAUUUCGACGAGGAAGAAGACAACAGAGCGACGAUUUCCCGAGGCUUGAACAAGGCAGCAUCGCGUCGGAUCAAACGAGGAGAAUGCCCCGCUUGUGGAGCCAAACUUUUCAAAAAUAGUAUGCUGGGCAAGAAGAAGACUCCCUUGACCAUUCCGGGGCAAUCAUUGAACGGUCGCUGUCUAUUUUGCUUUCCUAUUGUCCGAGAAAUCGUCGGAUCACACUUGGAUCGGUAUCCGGACGAACCAGGCAAAGCGGUCGUGCCUCGAUUUCUGUCGGUCCCCACUGACGAUACUCCCGACGAUGGUACCGUCAUGUCUACCAUUACACUCGAUCAUCAUCUAGGACAAUUUGCGCAAGAAGGCGAAAAGGUCGCCCCUCCACCCCGACUACCUCCACCGACCUACCCUCCGCAACAGGCUUCCCAGAGUGAUCACAUGCGCUGGCCGCCUGGGACCGACCGCAGUACAGCUCCCGUACUUACACCACCUGCUUCAUCGCGAAGACGUAGAUCGAGCUUUGACAAUGAUGAAGCUGACGAAAACGAUCGAGGGCCGGCACUACCCUGCCGAUCAGUGAGUCCGUCACGGUUUAGUGAGCUCGACCCGUUGAAUUCGGAGUUCCGGGCUAAUCCAAUGGUCGCACCGUUACGGAGAGCCUCGAAUAAUUUCGCUACGUUCAUGGAUCACGACCCACAGCACGAGUCCAACAGCAUCCAACCCCGUCGAGUACAACCCAGUUCCGCCCGUGCACGGGUGGAAUGGGACGGCUACCCCCUCACUGUUCAGUCACACCAGCAUAGCGGAGGGUGCUUAUUCCCGAGUCCACAUCCUCGCCCAUUCUGGAAAAGUCAACCCCGAACUCUACAGACCAGUAAAGAAGCCGACGACGAGAAGGAGGAAAAAUCGGAGAUUCAAUCACCUGCCCAUGCGCAUGAUCCCCCGUGGCAACCAUCCGAGCUGAAGCCAAAAGGGAGUCCCCGGGAAAUUGUUUUUGAUUCGUCCCGGAGUCCCUACGACCCUCCCGAACCGGCUAGCGUGAACUACAACACCCUAUGGCAACAAAUGUCGAAGUCUACGCCCAUCGCUCAUGAAGAAAUUGUAGUCGACCCAAACACAUUGCCUUUGGAUGAUGGUAACGCAUCUGCUUUGAAGCAAGAAAGGAAACCAAUCGUUGACAGCGCCGACCAUAGAGUUCGGAACGGCAGUGACCCUGGGUGGGAAUAUUCUAUGGCCUCGUUUGCCUACCAUCAGGAUUCUAUCUCCUUCCAAAAUAGCAGUUUUAGUUUUCUGUCGCACACGAAGUCAACAUCGCCACAGUCCGCCACCCAAACUUCACCUAAUUUGGAAUUGGCAGUAUCGUUGGAGGACAUUCCUCCCUUGGUAAAGACUUUGCGUGAUGAUGUACCCAACACGCACGAAUCGGCGUUGCGGCACUUAACUGCGACCGUUUGGCAGUGCGGGAACUUGGCCCGUCAAGCAGUGAUUGAAGCAGGUGGCAUUCCAGUUUGGACCAUGAUUGUUUGGCAAGAUAUGAACGACGAGGCCAUCCAAGUGGCUGCGCUCGACCUAAUUUUCGCCGUGGCAAUUGGAGAUUGCAUUGAUGCCACUUACGAUUAUUUGGCCAAUGAUACGUUUGAUUAUGCUGUAGAUGCCUUGCUUAUUAUGAUGCAAUCACUAAUUCACAACGAAGAUGUCCAGACUUUUGGCUGUCGAGUGCUGGCCUGUUUGGCAGGUGCUUCCGGUCGUAACGCUAAAGUCAACGACGGGGCUUUGUCAGGUGCGGUGCUUACUGUCUUGCGAGCAAUUGAUUCCCACAAGCAUUCCUUGUCUCUUCGGGAGUGGGGAAUCCGUGCAUUGUAUCAGCAGUGUGCGUUGUCGAAAGACAUGAAUAGCAACAGAAAAGCGUUAGUGGAAGCGAAGCUGGACCACAAUACAAGUGGACUAGACGUGAUCUCGUAUUGCUUGGACGAGGUGGGGUCAAAUGCUGUCAUGGCUGAAUGGAUAUGCAAUCUUUAUUGGUGUCUUUCUUCAAGUCAAGAGAUCGCCCAGAUUCAAGUACCGGCGACAGAACCGCUAUUGGAAAUGACGAAUAUCGUACGAAAAUAUCAGAAGAGCCGAGGGUCGGUACUGCUUCUACAGGCGGCGCUAGCAGCUAUUUCAAAUCUAUGCAUGCUUGCGGAAAAUCGGAAAGGUCUAGAUACCACUGAGGUGGUUCUCCUUGCUUUGGAGGUGCUCGAUUUUCAUCAAGGAUGCUCCAGUGUCGCUGUGGAGGUGUGCGGUCUCAUAGCGAGUCUCCUUCCUACAGUACGAAGCACAGAAUGCAUCCCCGCAGGAUCUAUUCAGACCCUGUGUUCAAUCUUGGAGUUCCCUCGAGAUUUAAAGAUGAACAGAGAAGCCCUACGAGCAUUGAAUGCUGUGUUGGCUUCUUCUACUCUUGCACGAAAGCGUCUUUGGGAGACGACGUCGCUAUCCUGGCUCACAGAGGUCUCCCGUCUUCAUUGCAAUUCGGUCGAAUGGCAGGCAUUGAGUUGUGUCAUGCUUUCAAAUCUGUUAAUUGCGAAUGAAUUGGACACAGGCGAAACAGAGAAGUGGAUUCUCUCUGAGCUGUAUUUGAUAAUAUCGCGGUGUACCGAUGCACUAAAAGUCCAGGAGGUGGGAAUUAGUAUCCUUUCAAAAAUUUCGAAAGAUGAGACCCUUUCGACACUGUUGGACGAGGAAAGUUUGAAGCUGGUUGUUGAUAUGAUGUCGAAGUUUCCGCUCUCAAAAAUUAUACAGAGAAAAGGCUCCUUCCUCAUCUUGAACGUAGCCCGUGGUCCCAUAAUACUCAAGCACUUGUCAGUCGCAGAGCGAUGCGCGAGCUCACUAGUUAUUACACUGCAAAACCAUCUUGAAACGUCCGAUAUUAUCGGAUUCGCUUGCGAUGCUAUUUGGGUACUUAUCCACGGUUCCGACAUGCUUAAGGAAACCGUUGUAACACAAGGUGGCAUUGAUGCUCUGUCUUGCGCUCUGGUGUUGCAUCAAAACGAAGUUAGUAUUUUGGAAAAGGCUUGCGGUGUACUGUCAUGCUUGAGCUCAAGAGAGUCUCAUAUUCAAACAGUGGUCAACGCACAGAGUGUUUUUAACGUUGUUGAUGCUAUGCGGAACAACCCUAAUUCCGCUUCACUUACUCAGUAUGGAUGUUUGUUGCUAAAAAAUGUCAUCGUUACAAGCAGGGAGCAGUCAAUAUUGGCCUCUGGUGCAAUUAGUGUUGUAACUGCGGCAAUGUUGAAGCAUCCCCACGAGAGUGGCAUGCAAAGAGAAGCAUGCAGUUUUCUCUGGGCCAUUACGUCGGCAUCAGGCGACUGUAAAUCGAAAGUGCUCGCAUUGGAUGCGGUAUCCCUUUUGAUGACGGCGCUAUCAAGUGAUAAAAAGGAUGUUCAAGACGCCGCUCGUGGCGCCUUCAAUACUAUUGCUCUCACAUCCAAUGAGAGUCUUUCUGCUGUAUAA